AUGAGCAGGCCAGGAGAUUGGAACUGUAGGUCAUGCAACCAUCUCAACUUCCAAAGGAGGGACUCGUGCCAGAGGUGCGGGGAGCCAAAAAGUGGGGAGAGAGUUGAGUAUGGAAGUUUUGGUGGAAGAGGUGGAGGUGGUGGUUCUUUCGGAUUCACCACUGGCCCGGAUGUCCGCCCGGGUGACUGGUACUGCACCAUUAGCAAUUGUGCAGCGCAUAACUUUGCCAGCCGCUCCAGCUGCUUCAAGUGUGGUGCGUCCAAGGAUGAAUCGUCCAGUGGUGGCGGUGGCGGCUAUGAGGGUAGAGGGUUUGGAUUUGGGAGCGGUGGAAGUAGCUCUGGUCGCUCUGGAUGGAAAUCUGGAGAUUGGAUUUGCACAAGGUCAGGGUGCAAUGAGCACAACUUCGCUAGCAGGAUGGAAUGUUUCAGAUGCAAUGCUCCAAGGGACAACAAUGGUGGCAAGUCUCCAUAUUAA